CAAUCAUUGCCUCACUUGUUCGACUCCAGAACUACAAUCGUCAAACACGCUUUCUUCCUUUUCCUGUCUUCCUUCAUUUCUUUUGGGGGAUUUCGUCGAACACCACAAAGAAGUAAGAAAGAGGAGCUAAACACUAGACGAGCGAGCAACAAUGUCUCUUCGACCCAGUUCCCGAACCGAUGUUCGCAAGAAAUCCUACAAGACUGGCGUUGAUGCAGACGAGGCUCGGCGAAGAAGGGAAGACAAUCUUGUCGAGAUCAGAAAGAACAAACGAGAGGACAAUCUCCUAAAGAAACGCAGGGAGGGGCUUCUUCAAGCCCAGCAGCCUGCCGAACUUUCUCAAGCCACUUCUGGAACCGAGAAAAAGUUGGAAAGUCUUCCUGUAAUGGUACAAGGGGUAUGGUCAGACAAUCCUGCUUUGCAAUUGGAAGCAACUACUCAAUUCAGGAAAUUACUAUCAAUUGAGCGUAGCCCUCCCAUUGAGGAGGUAAUCAAGGCAGGUGUUGUACCUCGGUUUGUUGAAUUUCUUGAAAGGCAUGAUCUGCCUCAACUGCAAUUUGAGGCUGCAUGGGCUUUGACUAAUAUUGCAUCUGGGACAUCAGAACAUACACGUGUUGUCAUUGACCAUGGUGCUGUCCCUAAAUUUGUGCAACUUCUUAGUUCAUCAAGUGAUGAUGUCCGAGAACAGGCUGUGUGGGCCUUGGGUAACGUAGCUGGUGACUCACCAACCUGUAGGGAUCUUGUUCUUGGUCAUGGUGCCCUCAUGCCAUUACUGGCUCAGUUAAAUGAACACUCAAAGCUAUCUAUGCUACGGAAUGCUACCUGGACCUUAUCGAAUUUUUGUCGUGGCAAGCCACCAGCACCAUUUGACCAGGUGAAGCCUGCACUGCCAGCCCUUCAGCACCUUAUCCACUCAAGUGAUGAAGAAGUUCUAACGGACGCAUGCUGGGCCUUGUCUUAUCUUUCUGAUGGCACAAAUGACAAAAUUCAGGCUGUGAUUGAGGCAGGAGUCUGUCAACGACUUGUGGAGCUUCUCCUACAUCCUUCACCUACUGUUCUUAUACCUGCUCUUCGGACAGUUGGAAACAUUGUCACAGGAGAUGAUGCCCAGACUCAGUUUGUAAUUGACAACCAAGUUCUCCCCUGUCUCUAUCAACUUCUCACACAAAAUCACAAAAAAAGUAUCAAGAAGGAAGCGUGUUGGACAAUCUCAAAUAUCACUGCCGGGAACAGAGGUCAAAUACAAGCUGUUAUUGAUGCCAACAUCAUCUUUCCUUUAGUUCAACUACUACAACACGCAGAGUUUGAAAUCAAGAAGGAGGCUGCAUGGGCUAUUUCUAAUGCUACCUCUGGAGGGUCCCAUGAACAGAUUCAAUAUUUGGUGAACCAAGGUUGUAUCAAGCCACUUUGUGAUCUUCUAGUUUGCCCAGAUCCAAGGAUUGUGACUGUGUGCCUUGAGGGCCUUGAGAACAUUUUAAAGGUGGGUGAGGCUGACAAAGAGUUAGGAAAGACUGGUGGGGUGAAUAUCUAUGCGCAGAUGAUUGACGAAUGUGAGGGGCUAGAUAAAAUUGAGAAUCUGCAGAACCAUGACAACAAUGAGAUUUACGAGAAGUCGAUGAAAAUCUUGGAGAGAUACUGGGUUGAUGAAGAAGAGGAAGAACAGAAUAUUCAGGAUGGAGAAAUUGCUCAACAAGGCUUUGAAUUUGGAACUAAUCAGCCCAAUGUUCCCUCCGGUGGAUUCAAAUUUGGGUGAAGCAGGCAGCUCGACAAUAUUCCCCCGGUUUUUUAGAUUUAAGAGGGGAAAAAUGUACUUGUUGGUUUCACUAUUUUCCGGUUCCAAGAGUCGGGGUUUUUGGUCUGGCUCAAAGGUAAUGAUCAUCUGAGGAUUACCAAUAGUGUAAGCAUUUAGGGUUAGACAAUGUGGUUCUCAAUUUUAUAUGUAACUAUUAUUUUGGAUUUUAUUACAAAGUCGGUACCAAGAUUUAUGAGGGUAGCCCAAUGGUCAUUGUCUCGUUACCAACAAAUUGUAACUUGUGUUCUUUGCUAUUUGCUAGUUAUUUGGAGUUUUAAGCAUGAUUGUACACAAGAAA